AUGAGAAUUUGCAGGAGGUUUUUGAUCUCUUUGGCCUUGCUUAUAACUGUAGGGUCGGCCGCAUCCACCGUUGCUGAUCCAGUGGAUGAAAGUCAGCUUCCGCAAACCGAUGACCCUAAAAAGGCAUUUCUCUUUUCGAUUUCCAUGAUCAUUGUUUCAGAAAUUGGUGACAAGACUUUUCUGAUUGCUGCUUUGAUGGCAAUGCGCCAUCCUAGAUUGCUUGUUUUCUCUGCUUCUGCCGCAUCUCUUUUCAUCAUGACCAUUCUUUCUGGUAUUGUGGGUCGCACCUUUACUAGUCUAGUUCCACAACGUUAUACACAAUUUGCAGCCGGUAUCCUAUUCCUUGUGUUCGGUUAUAAGCUUACUCUCGAAGGUCUUGCGAUGUCGAAAGAUGUUGGUGUUGAAGAAGAACUUGCAGAAGUCGAAGAAGAAAUUGCUGUGCGUGAUAUGAAUAGUCAUUUGGAGAAUGCUGAAACAGGUCAACAACGUGCAAUUGAAACUCCAAAGUCAAAGACAAAGCAAAUUUUGGAUCAAAUUUUGUUGAAAUCAGGCAAAGUUGCCUCAUAUGUUCUAUCACCCACUUGGGUUCAAAUAUUCACUAUGGUCUUCCUAGGGGAAUUUGGUGAUCGUUCUCAGAUUAGUACCAUUGCAAUGGCUUCAGGUAGUGACUACUGGUCGGUUAUUUUUGGAGCAAUCGUUGGGCAUGCAAUCUGCACCGGUAUGGCUGUUGUUGGCGGGAAGUUUUUGGCUUCCAAGAUUAGCAUGAGAACCGUGACUCUAGGCGGUGCUUUUUCUUUUUUCAUCUUCGCUAUAAUGUACAUUUACGAGGCUUUUAACAAUCCCAAUUAA